AUGAGUCAAUUAAACGACGGUGAAAAUGGCUGGAUAGAGAAUUGUAUAAACAAUCGAAUUAUUAAGCUCUACCAGUUCAGUACGUCUGAAAUUCAAAAAGGGCGUGCGACUAUCGAGGAAUCCGGCAGCAUGGUCGUACUUCAAGCAAUCCUCCAAUUUCGCGAUAUCGGACAGACGCACUUUUAUAACAGUAAGGAAUUUGCCGCCGAGACUUCAGAUACCGUACACGUUCAUAAUGGUACGGCAAAGAUUUCAGCUUUUGGCUUAUCCAGAUUAGAUCGAAAAUCAGCCAUUAACCUAAAACACAAUUCCGCUUAUACCGACGUACUGUACAGCAUCACACAAAAUUAUAAACAUAAUAAGAAAUCAGACGUGUACAGUCUUGGUGUACUACUUUGGGAGAUAUCCGGCGGUAUACCAUCAUCCGAUUCUGACCUCAACAAAUUGACACCAGUAGAAGGCACACCUGAUGACUAUAUCGAGUUAUAUAAACAAUGUCGCGACAGGGAUCUCGUUAAACGACUAACAUGUAAGGAAAUACUUCGUAAACUAGAAGACAUUUUAAGAAGAAAUGACUUAAUGAAGAUUGAUAAUGAAGAUCUAAUUUUAAGACCGUCUGAAAACCAUCUUUACACAACAUGGCUUCUCACAAUUAUCGAAAAGCAAACAACAAGAGGAAGAAUAGACCAUCACGCACGUAACUUUGUCAUCAACUGGCUCACUAACAACAAUUACGACGUAGAGAACAUUCUGAACACCCUGAGGCGGCAUGAUGAAACAUGUGGACAUUGCUGUGCUUUGAUCGGAUUUUUCUACCAUGUUGGGGUUGGAACAAGUGCAGCAAGUGCUGGAUUUGUAAAGGAUAUGCCAGAGUCAAAGAUACGAUGGAUGAUGGAUAAGGCGAUGAUAGGAUGA